AUGGCCCUCGCCGCCCCUCCCCGCGGUGUUAUCCCCGGGGAUCUCCUGCUCGUCGUCCAUGAUUUCGAUGCCCGCGGCCCCGACGAGCUGACCUUGCGACGCGGUGAGAAGAUUGAAUUGGUCGAGCUGGAUGAGGGCUUUGGAGAUGGCUGGUAUCUGGGCAAGGACUUGACCACCGGUUCGACGGGUCUCUUCCCUGGAGUAUACACCACUGCCGCUCCAAAGAUCCGCAGUCGCCCUCCUGCCGAGAGCACAGCGCAUACGACUUCCGAACACUCGACAGACACCGAUGGCGCUGCUCUUGACGCCGAACCGCUUCUCAGAAGCGGCGAAUCCACCCCUCAAGUCUCGCGCCAUACCAGCAUCUCCGACCUACGCGCCCCCGAGGUGCCACGGUCGCCCCCGCAACAGCAGCAGCCACAGCAACGUUCCGCCUCUUCCCCCUUGCCGGCUGCCAAGAUGUCCCUUGAAAUCCGCCAGGCACUGGAGGGGCAACAUCGCAAUGGCCAAGAUAGCCCUGUCAUGAAUGAGACCCUCAGCGUGAUAGAUGAACACAUCACCGAUCUUAGUACGCCCCGACAUAGUGUGGCCGACCGAGAGCCUUCCGUUCUGAACGACUCCGCCAGCGAAUAUAGCAGUCAUCUCGAUCACCGUCGCUCCUACAUCAAUGGCCAUGAAACAGACGAGGAGGAAGAGCGGCAGCCACAGGAGGCCCAGGUUCGACGCUGGUCUCCUGCCUACACGGCUCGGCAGCUGCGCCAGCUAGGCAUUGAGGACAAGCACUGUGACAUCUUCGAGGAGCAAGAGAUUAGUGGCGAAGUUCUACUCGAUAUGAACCAGGACUUUCUUUUUAUGAAAGAGUUUGACUUUGGGGUUAUGGGCCGUCGAUUGAAAACCUGGCACAAGAUUCGCACCUUCCAGGACCAGGUCAAAGUUGCUCACAAGCAGCCAUCGCCGGCAGUGUCACCAACUCUGCCGCGCAGCUCGCUGGCGGCAGUUCCCGGCUCACCUGAGCGCACACGUAGUCGAACUGGACAGACCGCGCCUUUGCUACCGCGCAUCCCGACCUUGCGCACGUCGAACACGCCCCAUCCUCGGCUGGUCAGCAACGCCGUUCCCAGUACCAGCAGCGGAUCACCGAUCCCAUCGCAAAGCUCAUCAUUUAUGGAUCAUUCGCGUCGCCCGUCUGCUGCGUCCGUGCGAGAAAUCAAUCAUUCGCGUCGACACUCGUCUAUCGAUGCGACGACUCGCUACUCGGGAGUCGUUGAUGGCUCACCAGGACCCACACAGCGCGGCUCCUUUGAUCGUGCCUGGUCGUUGUCAACAGGACCCCAGCAACGCCUUCCCACGCGGCCGGGCACAUCGGCCGGGACCUCGACGGGCACUUCUCCAGCAUUAGAGACGGGGCUCUCGAAUGGCUCAGACACGGCAGGUGCAACGCCCGAUGACCUUGAUCGCGGUUACUUCUCUGGCCCCGAGGGGGACACCCGCAAACAACGACGACUUGCCGAUGCGCGCAUUUCACCGGUCCCGGGGGAGCCCCUUCGGGUUGCGAAGCGGCAUUCACAAAAGGCCACGCAGCCUAUUGCUCCGCCUAACAAUCUCAGUACCCGUCUGGUCGAACGGCGAACACCACAAUCGGCCCCCGUUUCCGCGAUUGAGGACCGUUCUGGAGGAUCCAGUCUGUUCGGUCCGCUGUUCGGUGGGAAGUCGGAGAGCGACACACCCCGUUCGUCUCAGCAAUCAACUAAGAUUGGCGGCCCGAAGUUCCCCAUGUCGGAUGUGGUGAGCAAGAACGUCGAUACAACCGCUGCGCCGCCGUCCCCGGUUCAGGAUCGAGAUCCUGCUCCGCCUCGGACUGGUUCCACGACCCCUUCGACCACGAAGAGUUCUGAACGGUUGAGUACGGACGGCUCCGGUAAGGCAACGGAGGGUGGUCUGUGGCCCCGCUCCCGCCCGUCCAAAGACACCAGUGCCUACAUGCGUGGGUUGGAGAAGAAGUCUCCGCAGGAGCAGAUGGCAGGGUGCGACUACUCCCCGAACCUGAUUACCACCUGGAAGCCACGGCUAUUCGUGCUGCGGGAUACAGAGGAACGAGGAUUGAUUGACAUCACUGCGCAUCGCGUGCUACGCGCCGAUCACGACCCUAUGGUCGCGCUGCAUGCCACAAUUACCGGUUCCACCGGGUCGCCAACUGCUCCUGCCCCUUCGGUUCAAUUGGCCGACGGGACCUCAUCGUCCGAUCCCAUUCCAAGCAUUGAGGCACCCCGAGCUAGCAAGUCCGGAAGUGAGGGCCCGUUCUUCUUCAAGCUAGUACCGCCCAAGUCGGGAUCUUCGCGGACAGUGCAGUUCACGAAGCCGGCAGUUCACUAUUUCCAGGUCGACAAUGUGCAGGAAGGUCGACGCUGGAUGGCUGCGUUGAUGAAGGCGACUAUUGAGCGGGACAUGGACUUACCAGUGGAGACAACGAAUAAGCAGCGUACUAUCAGUCUGAAGGAGGCGCAGUUGAUGAACCAGCGGCCUCCGGCGUUGAUGGUGGGAGCGGCAGCUGGGGCACAAGAGGGUGCGGCGCCCGAGGCGAUGGAUAAAGAAGAUGCGUCUUUGAAUGCAUCAUCGGAGACCACCGACGCGGAGACAGCCGCCGAAUCGUUUGAAACACCCGAGGAACGAGGCUUGAUGAUCAAAGGGCUCGAUUUGGACGGCGAGCCUGCCAGCAGCGACGGCAAUGAGGAUGGUUCCAGACUCUCGAAACCUUUAGAAGUUGACACUGGCCCUGCGUCUCUACUUCCGGAUUCGAUUCAAAGCUCGCACCUGUAUCUGUAUCUGUAUCCCGUCGUCCACGGGUGCGCCUUUCCUCUGCCGCAGCAUGACUCUCACUCUUUCUCGGAUGCCUUUCUGGCCACUGUGCGACAGCAUAUGCCCAUAGACGCUGAGCCCGCACCAGCAGCGCCAUUCCGUCUUCUCGUCCUUGCAGACCCUCAACUAGAGGGAGACAGCUCGCUACCUAAGGCAGAGGAUGAGCUGCCAGCGCGUCUGCGACUCCACUGGGGGCAGAUAUGGGCUGCCCUGACCUCUCCAGCUCUUCCUCUAAACUCGAGCUCGGCCACUGAUGCUGAGUCUACGUCGGAUUCUACCUCCAGCAACGCUUCAGAGUCAGACCCCAAGCCCAUUCUCAACCCGGACCUCAACACCCGCGCAAACCAAUCGACCUUGUUCAAGAUCAACCUCCCCGCCACGCAACAAGCCAUAACCAGCGCCCUGCACUCCCUCCUCCGCACCGACCUCCCCCGCACCCUCAAAGCCGCACGCAAACGCCUCGACCUCCUGGGUAACGACUACUACCUCGCGCACAUUUACCGCACCCUCCACUGGUGGACACAGCCCACGCACGUCACGGUCCUCGGCGAUCUAAUCGGGAGUCAAUGGCGCCGAGGCCACCGAUACUGGGAGCGAGUAUUCCAGGGUGGUGUGCGGGGUGACUCGUUCAUCCCUUCUUCUGCUCCCCCUGCCGACACCGACGACGACGACGACGACUUCGCCCUCAACCCCACCACCCAACCCUCCCGCUGGACCAACCGCCUCCUCAACAUCGUCGGCAACCACGACAUCGGAUACGCGGGGGACGCCAGCGCCGCGCGCAUCGCCCGCUUCGAAGAGACCUUCGGCAAAGUCAACUGGGACGUGAAAUUCUGGCUCAACACGUCCUCAUCCUCAACCUCAACCUCAGCCUCAAACCACGAUGCAACCCCACAAAUCCACAUCAUCAACCUCAACUCCCUCACCCUCGACACUCCCGCCCACAGCCGGGACAUCCAGUCCGCCUCCUACGACUACCUCAACGCCCUCAUCGCUGACCGUCUCGCGCCGGUCACCGACCGCUCCACGUUUACGUUGCUGUUGACGCAUCUCCCGCUGCACAAGCGGGCGGGCGUCUGCGUGGACGCGCCGCAUUUCAAGUUCUUCGAAGAGGACGACGAUCCCCCAACUGGGGAGGAGAAAAGGUGGUUUGCCGGUGGGCUGCGCGAGCAGAAUCAUUUGAGUGAGUGGGGGGUGUUUGGGAUGAGUGGGGAUGGCGCGGUGGAAGGUGGUGGAUGGGGCAGGAAGGGGUUGGUGUUGACGGGGCAUGAUCAUGAGGGGUGCGAUGUUUUGCAUUUUGUGAGGUGGGACGCAGACCCCGAGCAGAGGGACUGGCAAUGGGACGCCAAACGCUACUCCUCCGCGCAGGAGGCCGCGACUACUACUUCUACGUCAACGCCCUCCAUCCGCGAGGUCACCAUGCGCUCGAUGAUGGGUGCGUAUGGCGGGUACGCGGGCUUGCUGUCCGUGUGGUUUGACGUGGACAAGCAGGAGUGGGAGUAUGAGAUCCAGAUGUGCGCGGCCGGGGUGCAGCACAUCUGGUGGGCGGUGCAUGUGGUGGAUCUGCAACCUGCCGAAAUUCCAGAGACAUUGGGCUCGAGCCACAACAGAACUUACAACACCAGCGUUGUCCUCGAAGUAGAGGUAGAUACCAUCAGCGCGGCGCCAGGGCUUGCUCUGGCGGACGACGACGGCGGGCAUGACCUUCUUACGGAGCUCAGGCUUUCCCUUCUUGACGGUGGCCAUGACCAUGUCACCGACACCGGCAGCGGGGAGACGGUUCAGGCGAGCACCGAUACCCUUGACGGAGAUGAUGUAAAGGUUGCGGGCACCGGAGUUGUCGCAGCAGUUCAUCACGGCGCCACUGUUUGCGACUGUUAG